AAACCGAACCGUUGAUAGACGACAGUUACAUAACCAUUCGAACCCUAAACUUUUCGAAGCAACCUCUUCUUCGUCUCCACUCUGUCGCCGUUGCUUCACCAUCGUCGUACCGAUGGCAAAGAAAAAGGAGAAAGUUGUUGAUUCUGGAUUGGAUACUAUUAAGUCAAUGGUUCAUCAGCAUUCCGAGUUUUUCGAUACAAUGGUAGAGCUCAUCCCCGCGAGAUUCUACUUACCUGAUGAGACAGAAAGGAAGUGGUUUCCAGGUCUAAGCAAGGCUCAGAAAGCUAGAGCCAAGAGGAAAACGACCGAGAAUCUUAAGAAAGCGAGGAGGGAUAGGUUGGAUCCGGAGAAGUCUGCCUUGACGACUCUUGAUUUGCUGAAGCAGAAGAUAGAGAAGGAGAAGAAGAAGUUGAGUAAUGUGGUCGCUUCUGAUGAUGAUGAUGAGAGUGAGGAGGAAGCUGAUCACAAGAAGGCUAUGACUGAUUCUGUUACUUACGAGGAGUUGCGGCAGCGUCUCCACCGCAAGAUUGAUGAGCUUAAAGGCGGCCGUGGAGGUUCAGAGAGACCAAGAAGCCAUGAGAAGAGGAAGAAGAUUGUGCCUAAUAAGAGAAAGAGGGAGAAGACUGUGGAGGAGGAGGAUAAGGCUAAGCUGGAUGUGGAAGAAGCUGCUAAGGAUCUUACAUUCAGUUACUUCAAGAUCGACGACGACGAGGAACACGGAAAGGGUACAAAGAAACGGAGGCUCUCCAAGUCUAGAGAGCUCGAGAGAGCUUUGAAGCUGGAAGCUGCUAAGAAGGAUCCGGAGAAAGGCGAAGUGAUCGCGAAGAAGCACUCGUGGCAGGCGGCUACAAGCAGAGCGGCUGGUAUCAAGGUUCACGACGACCCGAAGCUGCUGAAGCAGAGUAUUCACAAGGAGAAGAAGAGGCAGGAGAAGAACGCGGAGAAGUGGAAGGAGAGAGUCGAAGGGCAGCAGAAGGUUAGGGUUGAGAAGCAGCAGAAGAGAUCAGGGAACAUUGCGGAGAGGAUUGAGCAGAAUAAGCAGAGGAAGAUUGCAAAGAGGGAGAAGAAGCUCUUGCGCCCUGGGUUUGAAGGUCGUAAAGAAGGGUUUGUCAAUGAUGGAAAGUAGAAAACUCAAAUCUUCCAUAUGCUCCAAGAUGUGAUCAUCUCAAAGAUUAUCUUUUGCUGUUUUGGGAAUUUUCAUGUAAAGUCCCUAGCAAUAUCAGUUGUCUUCUUUAGUUCGUUUUGUUUUGAAGUUUGCAGACUUAUCAAAUGUUUGUUACAGAGUGUGUUACUUAAAAGUUAAUGGUUUUAUCAAGUUUUGA